AUGGAUUUAGAAAAAUGCUUGGAUGACGUAUUUAAAUAUCCAAAGGUUACUGGAGUUGCAUGUAUCGACAGUGAGGGGUUGUGUAUUUUGUCCCGUGGAGAUAUUGAACCUAGCUCGUCUGGCCUGAUGAAUUCAAUAUACAAACAUGCAAGAGAGCUGGAAAACGAUGAUGAGCUUGUUGUUGUAGUCGAAAAAGAAGAUAGUUCGGUUUUUCUUUGUCGUUCCAACAAGGUCCUAACUGCCAUCGUCAAACCAAACCAUCCGACUGAUAAUUGA